AUGGCAGAACAACUACAGCAGUUAAUACUGGAUACUCUCGAUGCCCAGUUGACUUUACCAGAUACCCGUGCACUAAAAAUCCCUGGCCAAUCUAGCCCAGCGUUCAGUCAUGAUGCACAGAUCACCAUUCUCGGUGCCUUGAAUUCGCUACUCAGCCGGGAGGCUACGUAUGAAACACAUGAAGUUUCAUCGCAUGUGCUUACGCCUGAGGGCGUCCAGAUCGUGCGUGAGGGCUCGCACGAGGCCCGUGUCUGGGCCGCCCUCCCCGAACGUGGUAGUGCCCCGCUCGGCGCGCAGGAUCUCAAGAGAGCAGUGGGAGAUGAUGCUGCAAAAGUCGGACAGGGUCGCGCGUUUAAGAGUGGAUGGAUCGCGAAAGAGGGGAAUGGUUUCGUCAAGGCCGCGUCUAAUAUUACAGAUACGACACAGAUUGAGCUGUGCGAGGUAGAGUCAUCGGGGACAUUGGCGGCCGGCGAAAAAGCACUCGCUGAAUUACGAAAACGUAAACUUAUCAUACAAAGAAAGGGCCAAUGGUUCACUGUGCAUAAGGGCGCCAAUUUCAGUACUUCGAUUGCAAAACCGGAGACUGAUUUGACCGUCGAUAUGCUCACUUCCGGCUCCUGGAAAAAAUCUACCUUCAAAAAAUAUAACUUUGAUGCAGACGGGAUACCUACAUCCGGCGGCGCUCUCCACCCUAUCCUUAAAGUCCGCGAGGAGAUCCGUAGCAUUUUCUUAGAAAUGGGUUUUGAAGAAAUGCCCACAGGGACUUUCGUCGAAUCUGGAUUCUGGUGCUUUGAUGCACUUUUCGUUCCCCAGCUGCAUCCUGCACGUGAACUCCAAGAUACCUUCUAUCUUUCUGAUCCCUCAACGUCCCUCCCUCCGCCAUCCGAUUAUUACGAACGCGUUGCACGCGUGCAUGAGCACGGUGGGUACGGCAGCAUCGGUUACCGCACGCCCUGGUCGCACGAGGAGUCGCAUAAGCUCCUCUUGCGCACGCACACGACUGCCUCGUCUGCUGCCAUGCUAUACAAACUCGCAGCCAAGUGUCGAGGCGAAGAUAUCGAUGGUGACCUUUCCGCAAAAUCGCAACCUGGACCCGGAAAUCCGAGUGGUGAUGGGUUCAGACCAGCAAAACUCUUCAGCAUUGACCGCGUGUUCCGUAAUGAGACAAUGGAUGCUACUCAUCUUGCGGAAUUCCACCAAGUUGAGGGCGUUGUUGCAGAUCAGAACCUAACACUUGCAGAUUUGAUUGGUUUCAUGCGGACUUUCUUCCGGAAGAUGGGAAUGAAGAAUUUGAGGUUCAAACCUGCGUAUAACCCGUACACAGAGCCUUCUCUCGAGAUCUUCGCCUGGCAUCCCCUCCUUGAAAAAUGGGUCGAGAUCGGGAACAGUGGCAUGUUCCGCCCUGAAAUGCUUGCACCCAUGGGAUUCCCACCUGAUGUGCGUGUGCAUGGGUGGGGAAUUGGGCUUGAACGACCAACUAUGAUUCGGUAUGGUGUUAACAACAUCAGAACGCUUGUCGGGCACAAGACGUCCAUCGAGAAUGUGGAGAACUCGCCGGCUGUCAUGUUCUAG